GUAUCUCUCCUGCUGGUGUGCUCGUAGACUCUCGCGGACUCGCGGGUCGACGCUUUCUUCUUUUCCCAAUCCGCUUCAUUCCGUCGCGAGCAUUCGUGUUGUGUUUUACGAAAACACCGUUCGUUCCGCCGCGCGAAGACAACAAGACGCGUCCAGUGCAGUACGUGCAAAUUCGUGGAUUUGUUGCUGGUGCAGUGUUCAAGUUCUAUGUCCGCUAAUUAAUUUCGAGUUAAUUAUAUUGGAUAAGAAUGGUGUGGUGACAUUAUAUUGGAUUAUAAACAACGUAAACAUCAACGGUGAUUGCACAUUGAAACACCCUGUAUAAUAUAAGCUGCUGUGCUGUUCCAGUCCAUUUGUUUGCAAAGACACGACAUUGUUACGGUGAAUAGUGCGCCAUCAAAUCAAUCAUCCGAUAAUUAGAACAAUUAGCUGUCGGGUAGCACAGUGAUGCAGCAUUGGAUAACCUUCGAUGGCUGCAGUGGUUAGCCAUGCGAUGCGACGAUUUGCCUCUUCGCCGGAUGCAAACUACUCCUCCUGUGGUUUAAGGAGUGAAUCUUCUCGUUUAAAUUGGUCUCAGGAGAGCGAAAGUUCCCUAAGUCGUUCUAUGAGGUACGCUGAUCCUUGGUUGUACGAUGGGGUGAGAUCCCCUAAUGGGCUACUCUUAGCCCCGGCAUUAGUACUCUGCUCUUGCACUGAUUAUUUAAAUGGAACUAAACGUUCCAGUAAGAAAGGUCCAACAACUUGUAAGAAAUGCAAGGGCACGAGAAUUCCACUCUCCGCUUCCGGGGAGUCCAAAUUCGGGACAAUGCGAUGCUAUCCCACAUCAACCCUAUCAGCACCUACCCCCACUCGUGCUGGUACGGUCAGAGUGACAUCUUCAUCAAGGGCUAGUAUUCUACCCUCAGCAGAUCCAUAUGAUCUCAUGAGAAGAUCUCGACUUACUGUCACUGAGAAAUCAUCAAUGUCAUCUCCAGGGUCUCAAUUCAGAGCACGUUCUAUUUCUCCCCAUAAAGCAAAACCUUCUGAAAGUCGAAAUUCUCCAAGAAAAUCAGACAAUUCAGAGAAAAAUGGACAAAAAAUAAAAUACUCCACAGUUGGAAGGAGAUCCAUUCUAGAAUGCAAUGUAAACCCCUAUGAGUUGAUGUCAACUGGCCCUGAUGCAGACACAAGUAUCACUUUGGUCAAUGGACAAAGAAUUCGUGUGAGACCACCGAUUAAUAUCGAACCGGAUUAUGAAGAUGUCCACGUACAGUUAAAAACUCCUCAGCCGAAACCGGAAACACUAUCGAGGAGUCAGAUCCCAAUCCCAAAACUGCAGUUAAAAUUAACGAAGAAGAAUGGAGUUGCGGUGGCACCACCUCAACUACCAGCGCAGGCGUCUUCACCCAAGCCGAACGAGAAGGAAGCGUCGGAUUGCGGCAGCAACCGGUUUAAGUCGAUAUUGAAAAAGCCGUCGGCGACUUUCGGUGACACAGAUUCAAACUGCGUCGGUGAGCGCAGCCCCUCGCCGGCGUUGAAAAGUGGGUCGCACUUUUACCUGCCCAUGCCGACGACACCCAGGAAAAAGGUACAGUUUCUUGUUGAAAAGGAACAGGACUCCACAGCUAACAUCGAAGCACAUUACGAAGAUCCUGAUGUUUCACAAAUCACACCUAAUCAAAUUCAACACUCCAGUGAUGAUGAUGAUGGCACAGAACAACACAACAACUAUGAAGUUACUACAUUUUCUUCAGCAGCAGAGAAUAAUCAAGGAAACAGCAACAAUGCAUCAACGGGUGGCGAUAGCGAAACGCCAACGCCGGCGUCAUGCAGAUUGCGAAGAAGCGAAAGUGAGCGGGCGCUCAAAGAGCAGGCGAGCGCCGCCAAUAAGGUCAUCUUCCACGACUCGAUGGCGUUGCGCUCGCAGCAAUCGCGCGUCGAUGCGCGCAUUGUCUUCACCGAUAAAGACCUGGAGCGCCUGGACGGCGUCACGGCGCGGCUGGCCAAGAGCCGCCCGACGGAUCCGCCUCCGCAACCUCCAACUGUCCAUCAACAACCGCCACAUGAGUCAACACAGGAACCACCAUCGGCGCCUCCGCGCAAACGCAGCAACAAUAAACAACCGUUGAUAAAUUUGACUCAACUGCAAGACACUGGUAACAAUGGUAACAAAGUAAAUGAAGAUGAAGCGGAUUCUCAAAUUUUGUCGAAUGUGAACAUGAUGAGACAAAAAUUCGAAAACAAUUAUGAUAAUUUCACGCGUAAUGAAAAAGUUUACGUUAAAACAGAACUUGGGAAUAAAACGGUUUUAAAAAUCAACAAUGACCAAGUGCACACGCACAAAGUCAAGAUCAAGAAUGAGUUUUCCGAUAUGGCGAGCAACAUGAACGUUAACACUAUCGCUGUAUCAGAUAAUGCCUUAGGAAAGACUUCAAUCAUGAUCAAUGGAGAUGAUUGCUAUUCAACUAUCAAAGUGUGCGAUGAAAUUCCUUUGUAUCAUUCAUCCGUAGUUGUCAAGGAUUCUGGUAUUAUUACAAUCCCUGAGAAACGAUCAAGCAGUUCGGUUUACAUCACCGGUAACUUUGUCAACACCUUCAACAACGAAAACAGUGAUAAAUCAUUCGAUUAUGAAGACAGCAAAUCAAAAUCUACACCAGUAAAUAUUCCAGAGAUUCAAGUAAAUGCCAAAGACCCAGAUGAUAAUUUAAACAAAGAAGACAAACCGGAUGAAACCCAUGUGGUUUUGAGAAACAAAAACUUGAAUAACACUGAUUUACUAAAAUGUCUCAGUAAUCCUGUUGAAGCUGUCCGGAUGAAUCUGGUACCACAUAUUUGUGGCCGUCAUGAUAAACCCCGUAGACCUCGGGCUAUCCUCCCUAAAUUACCAGGGACACCAGAACCGUUGACGGAAUUAUCAACACUGUCAGAAGAAGACAAAGUUGCUAAGUUUAUAGAAGACUCAUUCUUGAAAUUACGCAAUAAUAAGAUAUUGGAUGUCGACGACAAGGACUCUGAGCACAGCUCGUCAACGCAAUACGAGAUCAUAGACCACGGUUCUGAUUGUUAUACAGACCACAGUAACCGGAGCUCGAUCACUGAAGAGGAACUGAAUGCGCGCACCAAGUUCUAUGAGCUGCUUGCAGACAGCGCCAUUGUUGAAGUUUCUGAAAGCGACGACCAUCAUUACGAAAGCAUCAAAGUCAACCAGGAUCCGAUCUACGAGGAGAUCGAGAUACCUCCGCCGUUGCCAGCUAACCCACCGCCGUCCACCAUUUUGGACGAGUUGCAGUUGGACAAGGAAUACACCACAAGAUCCAUUUUUGAGGGUGCUUCAAAAUAUGACAUCUUGAGCUAUUUGGUCGACGCUAAGGAGCGCGGUAUUGUCCCUGAAGAUAGUUACACCUAUAAUUUCGAUACUAGCAACGCCACGAUAGACGAAGAAAGCAAGGAUAAUGUUGAGCUUCCCUAUAAUCGAGUGUCACAUUUGAGUACAGUGUCUGAUUCGAGCGAGGACAGCUCCUUGGUGAUGUCAUGCUCCCUUACUGACGAUAAAGUUCAGCGUACUGCUGAAGUCGAACGAAACGAUUCAGGCGUUGGGUCUGAAACGAGCAAGUCAUCGCUGAGUAAAUAUCGAACGAAGCCUGAUGUUAUCAAUGUUACAUGUGAGGAUUGUGAGGCCAGUCUAGACGCGCAGAGUCAAUCCGAACACGAGCCGCUCAUCUGUCGCAAGUGCAUCAAGAAACGUACGGAGCGCAAAGAAAUUAUCACUGAAAUCGUCGAGACCGAGGAGAAGUACAGUCGAGAUUUGCAGAUCAUCCUCGAGGAGUUCUAUCAGCCGAUGUUGGUCGCUGGCCUACUUACGUCCGAUCAGCUAUCGGCAAUCUUCCUAAACGUCGAGGAAUUGCUCGAGAACAGCCAAGCCCUAGCGGAACGAUUACGUGAUGCUGUUGAGAUAGCUGUUGAGCAAGGCGACGAAGACCUGCAGACUGUGAACAUCGGUAAACUGAUUCUCGAAGCGGCUCCAAUGCUCCACGCGUUUGAGACUUAUUGCGUUCGGCAGGGAGCUGCUAGUUUACUCUUGGCAAGCUUGGAAAAAGACAAGGAACUGUUGCGGAUCUUCCUGCGAGUAUCACAGAUGGAAAACGCAGUCUUGCGUCGCAUGAAUCUGAAUUCGUUCCUCAUGGUGCCGGUGCAAAGGGUGACGAAAUAUCCGCUGCUGUUGGCACGCUUGCACAAAGUGACGCCGUCGCAUUUUGAGACGCGGGAUCAACUGAAAGAGGCGCAGCAUAAAAUCGAAUUACACUUGAAUCACAUGAACUCCGAGACGAAAGACGUGCCCAGCAAACUGUGGCGGCGCAUCAGCAGCAUUCCCGGCCGGAGAUCCAGCAGCGAGAUGGAUUUGGUGAAUAUCAAGCUGAGGAAGAUCGCCGUCGAUGUGCUGGAGUGGAAUCACGACGAGGCCAAGUUCGCGCUUGAAGGGCGACUGCUCUUUACGCAGCCAACUGAUAACAACUGGCGUAAGGGGAGGACGAUUAAAUUGACGCCUAUUAAUGCACUGCUCGUCACAAACGGAAAGUCUGCAUCAACAAGAACAUCAGAGAAUGGCGAUGAAAGUCUAGUUUUUUCGCGUCAGGCUGGCGUUCGCGAUGCAGCGCUAUUGUUAGUGCGCGAUAAGAACGGGCGCUACACGCUCCUGCGGGAACCCUUGUACCUGGAUCGAUGCGUCAUCGCUGCUGAUCCUGCAUGGCAAAGCUACUUUGAAGUUCAGGAACUGCUAGGAAAAGACACCUUUAUAUUCAAGGCUGAAGACGAAGAACAAACAAAGUUAUGGUACAGACAACUCCAGUAUUACGCCCAAGGCAUGGGCGCCUGGCGGAAACGAAGAAACGCAUUGGCAAACAUAAUGAUCAACGGAAUGGGCCUGCGAUCUUAACAUAAUCAAGGCGGCAGACUGCGGACACCACAAAGACGAAGAGGCCCAAAGAGAAUACAUAAUAGCUCGGCAUUCGGCAUAUUUAACGCUAAAUUAUGAUUGCAUGUAUUUAAACGAUUAGAUUUAUCGCCCCUUUCCUAUUCAGUUGUAAUACGUUAUAUCGUAGGUUAGAUGAUAAGCGAUAAGCCGUUGCAUAAGCUUCUUUUCAUCUUGAUUUUUGUGUGCAGAUUUCAAUCGGAGAUGUGUAAAUAUUUUAGUAAUUUAGCUGUGAUAUUUGCGGACAAGAUUUGAUUGGAUGGAUCCUGAUAUUGAUACGGACGUAAACGAAUGUUAAAGAAUGUGAAACGACGCUGAAUGGGGUAUAAAAGUAAAAAACACUUGUAUUGGCAUUUGUAUUAUUACUAUGAGUAACUUUUUGGUAGAUAUUAAAUAUUCCUCCAAUAUUUGAUUUUAUUGGCUGAGCUUUGACAAGUUUGAUUUCUAUAUAUUAUUUGGAUAAAUAUUAUUUUACUGAUAAUGCAUUAUACAUAUUACAUUAUAAUAUCAUUAUUAUUAAUAUUAUUACUGCGGAUUAUUUAAUUAAUUAAUUAAUUAAUUCAUAACAAUGUGUAGCUUUCGCUGAUAUGUAUUAUUCGAGUUUGUAAAUGUAAAAACAUACAAUAAACAUAUUUCAAAAAUA